AUGGGACAUCAAGAUGAACCCGUUGGCUCAACUCUUGAGUCGGGAUACGCCUCUGGCGCGUCCAGCUCAUCCUCCUCAGGACAACUGCCUACCAUUCAUCUCACCAAGCCACAUCUCAAGUUUCUGAACAGCACGCUCAAUGGCCUGGCUCCCAUUGACAUCCUCCGCUGGGCAAAAAUCACAUUCCCGAACCUUUACCAAACCACCGCAUUCGGCCUGACCGGCCUUGUCACGCUCGACCUCCUGUCCAAGCUACAAAAAGAGACACCCUCCGCUGCGCCAAUUGACGUGAUCUUCCUCGACACGCUCUACCACUUUCAAGAAACUCUCGAUUUGGUAGAGAAAAUCAAGGCACGCUACUCAAACAUCAAUCUCCACGUCUACAAGCCCGAAGGCGUCAACACCACCGCUGAGUUCGAAGCCAAGCACGGCACCGAGCUCUGGAAGCACAAUCCCGACAAUUAUGACUACACCGCCAAAGUCGAGCCCGCACAACGGGCAUAUGCCGAUCUCUCAGUCGCCGCAAUAUUCACUGGCCGCCGACGCUCGCAAGGAGCCAAGCGAGAGUCGCUCGACAUCAUCGAGAUUGUCGAAGGCGGCCUGAUCAAGAUCAACCCUCUCGCCAGCUGGUCUUUCGCCCAAGUCCAAGAGUACAUCAAGGAGAACAAUGUACCAUACAAUGAGCUGUUGAAUCGUGGAUACAAGAGUGUUGGGGAUUGGCAUUCAACGGAGCCGGUGAAGGAGGGUGAGGACGAGCGUGCGGGUCGCUGGAAGGGAACUGCGAAGACGGAGUGCGGGAUUCACAAUAAGCGGAGCAAGUAUGCGCAGUUCUUGUAUGAAGCUGAGCAGAAGCGGCAGCAGCAGGAGUUGGUGGCGAUGCUGGAGCAGGUGGAGAUUAAGCAGGAGCACUUUGAGGAUAUUGUUGUGACUGCGUGA